AUGGGACAAACGCUCUCUACACCCGUAACCCAGAAGAAAACGGAAGACGGAGGAAAUGAUAAAUUCUAUUACGCAGUAUCAGAGAUGCAGGGAUGGAGAAUAGAAAUGGAAGAUGCACAUACGAUUGCAUUGAGCCUUGAUCAAGAUGAUGAUGAAAGCAAUACGUUCUUUGCUGUAUAUGAUGGGCAUGGCGGUGCCUCUGUUGCAAAAUAUGCUGGCGAGCAUGUGCACAAGAAGUUACUCGCGGACGGGGCAUACCUGAAGAAGGAGUAUGCUACUGCUUUGAAGAAUGCAUUCCUUGGUACGGAUGCAGACAUGCGAGCUAGCUCUACAUUCACGCGGGACACUUCUGGUUGUACUGCGGUCGCUGCUUUGGUCACGUCCGACGAAAGGAUCUACGUUGCGAAUGCAGGCGACUCACGGUCGGUGAUAAGUGUCAAAGGCGAGGCGAAGCCUUUGAGUUACGAUCACAAGCCUCAGAACGAGAUCGAGAGGAGCCGUAUUCUGGCUGCAGGUGGCUACAUUGAAUUUGGAAGGGUGAACGGUAACUUGGCUCUGGCAAGAGCUCUGGGAGAUUUCGAGUACAAGAAGAAUGCCUCUCUAGCGCCGGAGAAGCAAAUUAUUACGAGUGAUCCUGAAGUUAUCGCGCACGAGAUCACUGAUGAAGAUGAAUUCUUGGUCAUCGCUUGCGAUGGUAUCUGGGACUGUCUCACGUCACAGCAAGCCGUGAACGUCAUCCGUCUCCUUAUUGCACGGGGUAAGACUAUACCAGAAAUCUGCGAGGAGAUUUGCGAGUUGUGUCUCGCACCCGACACCGACGGGCGCGGUGGAAUUGGCUGCGACAACAUGACCAUCCUCAUCGUUGCCAUUCUACAUGGCCGUACGCUGCAGGAGUGGUACGGCUGGGUUACAAACCGCGUCAAGCACAAGCAUGGUUUUGCCACUCCCGAUCAGAUCCCGCAGCUCUACUCCACAAGCGCGUUGAUCGCGUUCAGGGCAAGGAGAGAGGCAUACGAGGCGCGCCAGCGGGAGCGCGAGGCAUAUCGCAACGCGUCGUCCACGAGGCCGGAUACCCAGGGAUUUGGUGGCAACACGAUUGACGGUGUGGAGGUGGGAGGUAGCUCGUUCAGGGACUUUGCGCGUAUUCUUGGCAGCACGGGAGGCAUCACAUACAACCCUGCGACGGGGGAGCUCAAGCGGAGGCUCGUGUUUGAUGACGUCGACGUUGACGACGACGACGAUGACAGCGGCGACGAGUAUGUGGACGCGGACGAAACGAACGGGGUUACAUCGUUCACCGGCGUAUCGUUCAACGGCACGUUUGGGCUUCCCCAUUCUGACGGUUCCGAUAUCACAAAGAGCCUGAGGGAACAGUUGGACGAGUUGGAGGAAGCGGAAGCUGACUCCGCGUGUCCGGAGAGUGACGAUAUGCAGAUGGGAGAGAUCGACGACGAGGUCACGAUCAGUGGCAUGGAGACUGCGCCACCAACAGCUGCGACACCUGCAAAGCAGCAAGAUUCAGGUGGUCUGCAAGGCGAGGCACCGCCACCACCAAAGCUUUUGCAGAACGGCGAUGCCAGGCCCAAACAGUUAGUAUCAUCCCCGGCCGGUGAUGCUCCAAGCGCGGCCGUGCAGGCGGAAGGUUUUUUGGACUCGAGCGAAAGUCCUCUCAAGCUGUAG